AUAGUAAGAAUUUUCUAUAUUAAGUAGUCAACAACUGGUUUUUCUACGAUGGUGUUAAAUAUGCAUGGCCGACAACAUUAACAAUGAUUUGGAGUUCUCUACUCGAACAAUCAGUAAUCAGAGAGAGUGUGCGGGGUGGGCGCAGGCUGGCAUGUUCGAAAUUAACUAUACGUGCAUCAAAUGAAGCACAUGAUGGUAUUAAUGGAAGAACAGUAAAUGACUAUGCAUUAGGAUCAACUUCACAUAGGGAGAACGAAAUGGCGUUUAGAUUACCAAGACCACUGGAAACUGGUGAUAUUAUAAAAAUUGAGGGGAUAAUAAAAUCAGAUGACAGACAAAAAUUUCGCAUGGCAUUGACCACUGGGGAAAAUUAUAUAGAUAAACUUAAUAUAGCCUGUGACGUAGAAGCUGAUUUCCUUAAUAAUCAAUUUGUAAUACGAACAAUAGUUAAUGGGCAAAUAUAUGAUAAAAUUCUAGACUCAUCAAGAGGAGAUCCUUCACCUACAGAUAUGUUUCCAGACUCAGUACCUGAAUUUACCCUUGAAUUCAAUGUUGCAGAAUAUAACCAAAUAGAUAUAAGUGUUGGUAUGAGCUUUUUGUGUUCAGUUGAUCUUAAACAUAACUUGAGAAGUAUAUCACAUGUACUGCUAAGUGAUGACAUAUUAAAUGUUAAAGAACUUUGCUUUAAAUAUAAUCAGAAUCAAUAAUAUAACUUAUUGAUUUAUGCCAUUUUUGCAUUUAGAUUAGUAUUUGAAUAAGUAUUAUUAUUAUUAACCAACUUCAAAAGAAGUUAUAAAUUUAAAAAUGUGAUUUGUUUUGAGUGAGUUAUCAAUCUGUUUAUAAUCAUUAAAGAUAGAAACAGGUUUAAAUUGAAAUGAAAAAGUGAUCUUUGAAAACAAUAUAAAUUCUCGAAAAUUUUAUACAAUCAUGUAAAAAAUUAGUAUUUGUUGUGUAGUCUCACUAUACCCACUUAUGCAUUUUUAUACUAAUACAUAUAUAAGUAGUAUAAUAAUUAUAGUAGUAAUAAAUUAUUUAAUUUAAUAAUUAUUUUGUAUUCAUCUUGAUGUGAUUUUCUAUUUAAUCUAUUGUUUGGUAGAAGUUGUGUAUACAAUGUUAAAAUGUAUUUCUAUGUAUAUUCAAUACAUAUUGAUUUACUAUUACGUCAAUACAUAUUCCCUUUGAAGCAAAAUUAUGCUUGGAAGUGAAUAAAAACAAAAGGUUUGAUCUAGAUGAAACCAUUAUUUUAGAAAAAACACCAUAUCUCAAAAUGAUAAGAAAGUUGUAUGACUAAUUAAAAUAAGUCAACUCUAUUAAUUUAUUUUUUGGAGUUAAAUUUACAUUUUUAGAUAUAUUAUUUUUAGUGUUUCUUUUUGUGUAUGGUUUGGUUAUGUGAUGGUCCGUAAAUUGAAGCAUUUUAGUCAUUAUUUUUAUCUGACGAUUUAUAUACCAAUAAUAGCAAUGUGCACAAAUAUUAGUAACAUUUUGGUCAUGUAUGAUUUCCAAACAAUUAUUUUAUUUUAGUAGCUGCAAUAAAAUAAGGGGGGCUUCAUCAACAAAAGGUAUGAAUUAGGUUUUUUUUAUUAAUUAAAUUUUUGAAUAAAAUGAAUGUUACAACAAGGCUUGGGUAAAUAUUUUUCAGAUAAUUAUAAAUGGCACAUUAUAAAGUUAUUGAGACCUUUUACUUAUACACUCCCACCAGUAUUUAGUAAUUAUUUAUUGAAUGGAUUAAAUGAUUGUAUGAUGUAAAAUGUAUUUUUCUAAUACUCAUAAUGGGAAAAAAGCACUAAUUAUACUAGUAGAUAUUAUUAUUAAUAAUU